GCGGUGUGAAUAUAGGGAAAUCGAAAGUAGGUCAAUAAAGACAUAUGAAAAUGGCUGCGAGCUUCGAGACAUCGCAGAAUAAAGGAUCGGACGUAAUAUACGACGUUUGCUGUUCUGUAUGCGCGGAGGAUAGUGUAUAUAAAGAAGGAUUAUUUUAUUGUCAGAAAUGUUCAAAAUCUUUCUGCAACGAGUGUGUGCUAAUGCACAACAGAAUACUCAAGGAUCAUUCAGUAUCAGCGAAUGGUAAAUGUGACAACUGGUCUGUUAAUAAGAAAGUGGAUGAUACUCUGGAGUUAUGUGAGGAGCACGCUACUGAGAAAUUGACGAUGUUCUGUGAAGACCACGAGAAGCUGCUUUGCCAGUUAUGUCUUUUUCACAACAACCACAGGCAAUGCAGCCAUGUAGUUUUAUUAUCUGACAAAUGCAAAUCUUCAACACAACACAUGAACGUAGCUGAUAUUGCAUCAAAAAUAGAACAAUGUCAGAAACGCUUAACAGAAACGAUGAUCAGAAGUGAACAGAAUAAAAAGUCUCUGCAAAAAUCAUAUGAAACUAUUCUGAAAGAAAUUCUUGAUUUUCGUCGACAGAUCAACGACACUUUAGACCGUCUGCAACAGCAAACAGUUAAAGAAUUGGAUAAGUUGUAUUCCAGUUUAACCUAUUCGUUGGAUACUGAACUCAAAACAUGUGUGACAUUUAUUUCAAAGCUAAAAAUUCAUACUACUAAAAGCAAAAGAUCGCCUGAGCAAGAGUUUAUUUUGAAUAGAAAAUAUAUUGACCAAACCGUUUCGGCAGAGUUAUUUCUUCAAAAAGCCCCGACUUCAGACAUUGAAUUUCAGCACAACACGGACUUGGAGACGUGUCUCGCUGCUUGCACAGAUCUCGGGAAAAUCACCAAUCGUGUUGGAGUGGUGUCGCAUAAACAAGUUGAUCCGAAUGAGGUCAUUCGAAUUAAAAAAAAAUCGACAUUCCAUGUGAGAUCAAAUACGGAUAAGGAAAUAUGCACCAUAACCGGUAUAUGCGAGAUGGCCAACGGGAAUCUCGUCAUUUCUGAUUUUAAUAAUCGAUGUGUGAAACUCCUCGACCAAGCGUAUAACGUAAUAGGGCAAGAAGAGCUACCUACGUAUCCGCGGUCUAUUUGUAGCAUAUCCCCCGAUGAAAUUGCGGUGACUAUGCGCGACGAGAUUCAUUUCUUACGAGUGGACACUGAAAAGAUUAUUACGAUUAAACAUAUACAACUUAAUCAUUCGUGUUACGGAAUAGCGACUCACAAAGGCGACAUGUUUGUAACUUCCGGCACUGCUUUGCUCCAGUAUACAACAGAUGGACGAUUAGUGAAGAAGUUGUACGAAGAUACGUCUUCAAAUUACUUAGUUGUAGGAGUUGCAGUCAGCCCUGAUGGCAAAAGGAUCUAUCUGACCGACAAAGAAAAUAGUAGGCUUGUCACUCUGGCCAUGGAUGGAGCAGUCACAGCCACGCUCCAGGAUCCUGCAUUUAAACAUUCCCGGCUAACAGGAAACAUACACGUGGCAGCAACUGGACAGGUGUUUGUCUUUGGUAAUAAAUAUGUAAGUCAAGUAGACACAGACGUCAAUACAAUCCUAGCCUAAGUCGACGUUGAUUGCUGCCCUAGAGCCGUCUACUUCAAUGUAGACAGAAGCAAGUUACUUGUGGGAAUUGAACACGACAACAUGAUCGAGUUCAAAACAAAGAUUUCAUGACUUUUUAAGUGAGAUGUCAUUUAAAUUUUUUUUUACUUAACAGAGUGAACUGUUGUAUUUCUAUUUUCACUUUCAUUUAAGUAAGGAAUUUUGAUUUUAAAUAUUUAGAUGUUAUCAACUGGUCGUGUCUGUGUGAGUGUUAUUUAGUUUGACAGUUUUGACGUCAUCUAGAUAUCAAUUCUGCAUAUGAGCAUCAUAAAUCUGCCAUCCAUAUUUUACUGCAUUUUUAUAUUAAAAUAAGUUAUUGAGUACAUUAACAUAACUGUCAUAUAUCCUGUAAGCCAUGCAUGAUUUCCUCGUAUGUUAUAUGUAAUGUAUCCAACAAAAUCAAAAUCCAAUUGAAUCCAAUUGUAAAUAAUGUUUGUAAACAACAUUAAUUUUUAAACAUUUCAAAACAUAAUGCCGAAUUAAAGAACUUUAUAAGCUCAAACAUCUCACCAAACAAACCUUGAAUACACUGUUUUUGAUAAUCAGACAUGUCAGCAGUUAGCAAUACACCACCUAUUUGAAUUGUUCCAAUUUAUUAAAUUGUCAAAGUGAUCUUCUUUUGAACAGUGAAUUAGAAAAUGUUCAUAAGCAACAACUAUGUCAACAUCCAAGUAAUGAAGGGAUUAGUAUUUGGGCUUGAUGGAUCAGUAAAAUCUAGUUAAUUAACCAAGCAACUCAAAACUUUUUUAGACAGAUAUUACUAUCCAAAUGAAACGAAAGACAUGCAGUACGAAUUUAUAAUUAUUAUUAAAGGGAUCUUUUUACGCUUUGGUAAAUUGACAAAAUUGAAAAAAGUUGUUUCAGAUUCGCACAUUUUCGUUUUAGUUAUGAUAUUUGUAAGGAAACAGUAAUACUGAACAUUUACCAUGGUCUAAUAUAGCCAUUAUAUGCAUCUUUUGACGAUUUUAAAACCUAAAAAUUAUAAAGCGUUGCAACGCGAAACGAUUGAAUAAUUUGGAGAGUUCUGUUUUUGUCGUUAAAUUUUGUGAAACUACGAAGAUUGCUUAUAUAACGUAUAAAAUACGUCAUGUAUGUGUACUCGGCGGAAUAGCUCAGUAGGCUAAAGCGUUUUUACUUCAGGACUCUGGCAGGACUCCAGGGGUCACUGGUUCGAAACCUGCUCCGGGCAAUGUUCUUUUCCUUUUUUUAAUUUUAUUCUUGAUUUUUUACUGGAGCUUUUACGAUCCAAUGUUUACAGUUAUCAAUAUAAAGCAUUUAAUGAAUAAGUUAAAAAAUGCCAAAAUCUGUGAAAAGGCCCCUUUAAUAUAAUUGGUAUAAAGUGUAUGUAAAUAUAAAACCUACAUUUCAUUUCUUUGGACGAUGAAACAACAUUGGCUUGUUGAUAUGAUUGCAACACAAAUCGCAAUAGUUUGCAUUUGGACCGCAAGAGUCAUAGUGUUUAAUGUUAUCCACUGUCGAAUGACACAAUACACAGCAUGUUGUUGCUGGGAUCAUUUCUUCUAUGCGUAUGUUCCACAUUUUGGACCGAAUUGCCUCCCAAGCUUUAAGAAGCUUUUCUUUCUUUUCAGAGAAGCUCAUGCCUGGAACAAUAAGAAAAAUUCAAAACUGCUUUUGUGUUUUCACUUAAAUUAUAUUUGCAUUGAUCAGAGUCUAUGGCUCAGAUUAAUUGGCAACAAAGAUUAAGAUGACAAAUUCAAUGAUCGGUAUUUGGCCUUUUAGUUUAAACAUAUUUAUUUCAAACAAUGCACAUUGUGUUACAUCACAUUACAUACAACAAUUAUACAGUUAACAUGUUUGAAUAGGAUGGGAACGAAAUACAAUGUCUAAUAUAGUUGUUCUCCCUAAAUUUGGCCUUUUGUCGUGCACAGAGGUGGCAUGCAUCUGGAGUAGUUUAAAUAAAUAUAUCAAUCAUU